GAGAGAGAGAGGGAGAGGGAGAUACAGAGCGUAGAGGAGGGAAACGCAAGAGGGAGGGCUGUUUUCAAGUGUAUGUGUGCAUGUGCACACGAGUGUGUGUGUGUGUUUGUGCGCGCUUGUGCACAGUCGUCACGGACCGAGCGAGAGAGCGAGAGCGAGAGGGAGAUCACACCGAGCUAAGGGGAAUCUGUCAGAUUCACACAGCGCUCCUCAGUGUGUGUGUGUGUGAGUGAGUGGUGCGUGCGCGCGUGUUUGCGUUGAGGUAACACAGACGGAGACACACAGAGACAGAGAGACCGUUGGAGGGGAAGAGAAGGAGAGGAGAAGGAACCCUGACGUCCGACAACACUGAGACAGGACACUCAUGGACGUGGGUGCAUGAGGGGGGACACCGUCGGCCAUCGCACCUUGCCCCUGCCCCCUGCGGAGAACCGCAAGAUAAAACAAAGCCCGGUCCGAUGCCGUUCCCCUCACGGCGCCUGUAGCCCAGAGAAGGGGGAGGAGCCUGAGCAAGGAGGAGGAGGAGCCUGUUAAAAGCAGGCUGGCUCUGGAGAGACCGGCACACGUUUGCACACCAGCAUAGCAACAGAGUGGAGAGAAAAAGCAACCGGAUUGUGAUUGGUCGGUUUUGGAGGUCAAGGUUCAAAGAUGAUGACCGCACAUGGAAAGCUGAUGAGGAAGGAGAAGGGAAGUCUGGCUGAGUACGAGUCCCAGGUCAAAGACCUGCGCACCCAGCUGACGGAGCAGAUGAAGAUCCUGGACUGCCAGGUGGAGGUGAAGCAGCAGCAGCUCUCCGACCUGUCCGACUUCCUGCGUCGCCGUGGCGACAUCGAGGCAGAGUACGCCCGCGCUCUGGACAAGCUGACGGAGAGGUUCACCCACAAGACCAAGAAGAAGGAGCAGUGGGACCACUCGGUGUGUCAGGUCUGGUCGGUGCUGCUGACCCAGAACCGCCUGGAGAGCCGGGAGCACGCCACGCUGGCCGACACCUGCUGCAACACGCUGACGCAGCGGCUGGCCCACAGCACCGAGGACACCGGCCGCCUGCACAAACGGAGCAAAGAGGUGGGAGUCCAGAUGCAGGACGAGCUGCUGAAAGUCACCACAGAACUGCAGACGGCGCUGAAGACGUACAACCAGUACCACACAGACUGCAUGGCAGCGGAGGGAAAACUGAAGGAAGCCGAGCGAUUGGAGGAGAGACACACCGGCAAGUCAGCUGACCUGAGCCUUGGCCAAUCAACUGGCCCCAGACGGAGCUCUGUCAAAAAGAUAGAGAGACUCAUGGAAAAGAGGCACGGCAGGGUGCAGGAGACCCAGCUGAAGUGCACCAAGGCCCGGAACGACUACCUGCUGAACCUGGCCGCCGCCAACGCCGCCAUGAACAAAUACUACCUGCAGGACGUGUGCACGCUCAUAGACUGCUGUGACCUGGGCUUCCACCAGUCCGUGGAGCGGCUGAUGCGGUGCUACCUGACCAGCAGGGGGCGUGUCCAGAAGACGGAGGAGGCGGGGCUAAAGCAGCUGGAGGCGGCGGUGACCUCGCUGGACCAGGGCGGUGACCGUGACGGCCUGAUGCAGCAGCACGACGCCUCCUUCUGCCUGCCCUUCCGCUUCAGCUACCACCCCCACGAGGGGGACCAGGUGUGCGAGGUGAGUGCGGAGAGCCAGGUGAGGUACGAGCUGGAGACCAGGUUCCAACAGCUACAAUCUCGCUUAGCCUCUGUUACCUUGGAGACUGAGGAGGUCAGCAAAACACUGAAGGCCACUUUGACUUCCCUGCUGGACACCAUGUGUGAUAGUGAAUCUAACCCCGCCCCUGACCUAACCAGCAGCCUAUCACAUGAGCUCCCGGGAGUAGGCACCGCCUUCAAGGUGACGCUUGCCAAGCGCCGGGCCAAUCAGCAAGAGACGGAGAGCUACUACUUCACGAAAGUGAAGGAGUUCCUGACCAGCAGUUCCCUAACCUCCAAACUCCAAGCCAAGCACGACAUUCUACACGAUGCCAUACAAAAAGCCGAAGCCGUUGACAGUGAUCCUUCCAGAAGGCAUUGCCCCUUGGCAGCACGCGUUCGGAAGUCCAGGCCUAUCUCACUGUUCUGCCACACACUCUUCACCACAGAUAUAGUCUCCCACAUACAGAGUUCUGGGCAGCAGAUUCCUGUGGUGGUUGAGAGCUGCAUCCGCUUCAUAAACCUCCACGGCCUGCACCAUGAAGGGAUAUUCAGAGUCCCUGGAUCCCAGAGGGAAGUGAACCACAUCAGGGAUGCAUUUGAAAGAGGAGAGGACCCUCUGUCAGACAGCGAGUGUGACCUGGACUCUGUGGCCGGCGUGCUGAAGCUGUACUUCAGGGGUCUCGAGCCGCCCCUCUUCCCCUACGACAGCUACUCUGAGCUGCUGGAGUGUAUCCAGAUCGAGGCGGUGUCAGAGAAGUCCUCCCAGAUCAAGGCCAUCAUGUCGUCCUUCGCCCGGCCGCUCCUCAUCGUCAUCCGCUACUUGUUCGCCUUCCUCAACCACGUGUCCCAGUACAGUGAUGAGAACAUGAUGCAGCCCUACAACCUGGCCGUGUGCUUCGGGCCCAGCCUUCUGAGGGGGGUGGAGUCGGGCGAUGCCGUCGCUCGGCAACCGCAGGUCAACGACCUGGUCAAGACCAUGAUCCUCCAGCACGACGCCAUCUUCCCCAGCCAAUCAGAUCUGCCGGGCCCUGUGUACGAGAAGCACAUGACCCUGGAGCAGGAGUACUGUGAACUGAUCGCAGAGGAGGCAGACGGGGAGGCGGAGCAGAUACACAACGAGGAUGAGCUGGAAGCUGUGGCCAUGUUUGACUACGCGGCGAGGUCCCCAGCUGAGCUGUCCUUCAAACAGGGCGAGCUGAUCAUCCUACACAGCAAGGCCUCCUCUGAUUGGUGGAGGGGGGAGGUGGGCACGGUCAAGGGCCUCAUUCCUCACAAGUACAUCAGCGUGCUGGAUGGUAGCUCAGAGAGAUGGAAAAGAGAAGAGGGGGAAGGAGGAGGUGGAGGAGGAGGAGGAGGAGGAGGAGGAGGAGGAGGAGGAGGAGGAGGAGGAGGAGGAGGAGGAGGAGGAGGGAGCACUGGCAACCUGACAGUAGAGGGCUCACAGGCGGAGAACCCCACUCGACUGCGAGUAAACAGUGACAGCGCCUCGUUGCCGGGGAGACAGAGAGGAAGUGAGGGGAGCCCGAACAGGAAGCCGCCAUCCUCCCCCGCUGCACGUCACCUGCCAGGGGGCCAGGAGCGCAGACACACCCUGGAUGGUGUGAGACAGCUGCCCCCCCGGGCCCCUGACAGAGCUCCAGAUCGGGCCCCUGACAGAGCUCCUGAUCGGGCCCCGGACAGGGCCCUUGAUCGGGCCCCUCCCUGCCCUACAGCUCCAGUGGACAAGGAUAUGAUCAGUCGGCAGAUGAACUCGGUCUUUCGGGAGCUGCUGUCUCGCCAACCUACGCUACAACAACCAGGUCAAGCCCCCCCCACCACCACUUCCUCCUCCCUCACCACACCCGCCCCCCCUACCAGCCUCUCCACUUCCUCCUCCUCCACCACACUUGCCCAGCCCGCCCCCACUGCCAAAAAGAGCGGCUUCGGCCUAAGGGGGCGGGCCCUUUUCUGACCUGUCGACCAAUAGAGCGAGCCCCUUUAAGCCAUGGCGCUUGAUUGACAGCCGAUGCGUUGGAUUGACGGCCAGUGAGUUUGAUUGACUGCGGUUGUUGUGUACGAUGUGUGUGGCGAUGCGAUUGAAGAAAAAAAACACAAAAAGAUUUAUAUAAAUAUUUUUUGACACACAAUAAUAACAUGUAAUUUUUUGCUGGUCAUCUCAUAGUGCCAUAAGUCUUAGUGCCGUAUUACAGUAUGUCCCGAGUGCUUUCAGUUACUUUGUGUUACUUUUCUUAUUUGUAUUCCUGUGAUCUUUUGGUCAUUCUUUUUUUAAGGGAGGGGGGG